GCCAGGCAAGACAUUCGGAUCUUUGUCUGGCACACGCCUUCUAUAAAUAAUUUACCGAUCCCAUCUAAAUGUCUUCUCGUUUCUUUUCGUUUUUGCGCCAAUCGAAACGAAACCGAAAAUCGAACCCGCCAAUUUCUUGUGCUCUUCUGUCCCUACGAAACCAUAAUAGUGAAGGUUGUCCUUGACAUCCUUUCUAAGAGAAAAGGCAAUGGCACACUUGACCCAGUCAAUAAAGCUCGGUAUAGAUAAAGGAUAAAGAAAAGUGAAAAGGAAAGUGGAAAAGGUCAAGAACACAGAUGCACUCACAAGUUCCUUGGCCUAUCGUAUACAUAUACAUAUAUACAUCUGAUGUGUUGGAGUGCGAGAGAGGCUAAGACACGUUCAAACGGGAUUGAUCACGAUUGUGAAUUAUUGUUGGCAUGGCGUUUAUAUCCCGCUGCUUCGGGAUAAUAAGAUAAUUCUUGCGUGUAAGCAAAUAUAUACACACACAAGUCUCUUUUGAAAUUCAUAUCGCGACAUCAGGAGUACAGCAAACGGGAAUCGCUUUCUCCCGUCCAAAUACAAAAUAUGAGCUCUAAAUUUAGUAGCGGUAAGAAUUUUCGUGGUAGUAAAGGCGAGUACAUCAGCCUCCCUGUCGCCUUGGUACUUUUCAACACACUGUUGCACGCGAUUUUCGUCCAAUGCAAUCCCGAAUUUGCGUAAAACGAGAACCCUCAAAUACCAUACAGACUAACAGUCAUCGUUGUAUAUAUAUAUAUAUGUGUGUGUGUGUGCAAUAUAACGAAAAAAAACCGCAACAAGUUUCGUGACCGUGUCGCAUUACACGAGAGUCCACCAUGCGCUCGUCUUCUUGCUGACUGCCAUGUAAUUAAGUAUUAAGUACUUUCCGCUGAUAAAUAAAGAGAGGGUGAGUACACCACAAGACUGAUUGCGUGGACAAAAUUUAUCGUGUUUGCUCGUCUUUUGAAAAUUCUGGACACUUCAAAGAAGAUAAGAAAAAUGCUGAUCACUAAAUACACAACUAUUUUGCUGCAAUCCACCAAUCAGCACAUUAUCCGGAAUGACGUCUUCUUGGAACCGUAUUUGCAGCAACACGGAACUGUUCAGGUCGUUGGAUCUCCAAGUACACCGCCACCAAAUCCACUUCAACAUCAGCUUACGCAGCUACAUCAUGUACAGAGCGAAGAAUCUUUAUCGUCGGAAGGUUCUGCAACCUCGCGUGUAUCUUCAGCUUCGACGGAAGAUUCGGGAAGCGAAGUGGCCUGCAACAUUACUCUUAUUGAAAGACUCAUUCGAUCUCAUCCCAUCUGGUUUCUCCCAGGAAUUCAAAGAGCCGGUGCCUUCCACUUGUUGCAGGGAAAGGAAGAAGGGAAUUUCGUCGUUCGACAAUCCAGUCAAAGCGACACAAUGGCACUUUCCGUCAGACUACCACCUGGAAAGGGACCUUAUAUCGAACAUUACCUCAUUCAAUCUAACAAAGGAAAACUCAGUUUAGAAACAAGUGAAAACAGAUUCGACAAUAUCCCUUCACUCAUCGCGCACUACUCACAGUGUUGCAGUGACGAGUUACCAGUUCAAUUAACACUUCCAAGAGCAAUGAGAGAAGCAAAAAAUCGACAACAACUCUCAUCACUUGCUUUGUUAGGACAAGAAUUUUGGAGAUAUCCAAUGGCAAAUCCUAAACCACCAGAAAGUGGGAGCAGUAACACUUCAAGUUUAAGCAGUUUUCAUUGCAACAACAACAAUAUUAUCUCAACUCCCACAUCCGAAAGUAUUAUACUCAACUUAGCUCCUAUUUCUUCUCAGGAUACAGGGGGCUCAUCUCCAACGAGUUCAGUAACGACGUCAACCUUUGCCUCAUCACCGCCACGUCAACCGAGGCCAACACCGCCAAACACUUUAAACCUAACGACGUUUAAUGAACCAUUCGAUACCAAAAAAGAUAGGCUGGAGAAACUUUCACCAAAUGAAAAUUUAUCUCAAAAGCUUAUUUCGCCCAAUUUGGUUCAAAGCGUACGCUGCCCUUCGCCUGUGAUUCAUAAUGUAGAGAAUAAUGUUCUUAGCCCAAUGGAAUCAAGUACAAUUAUUAACGAAAGAACUAAAAAUGUCGAAGUUCAAACAAGCAAAUCAAUAAUCACUGAAUUUACAAGAAGCAAUAAAUUUUCCAUGAAUUCACCAUCAUCAAAUUUUCAUCAGAAUUUAACUAAUUUCAAUAAUCUCUCGAGCACAAAUUCGCCAAUACUUCCGGAAAUGAAUAAGAAUCUCAUUGACAAUAAUCAUCAUCAAGGUUCAACACAGAUUAUUAAAUCACCACCACCACCACCGCCAAGAUGGGCGAAGCCGGGGAUCAGUCAAAGUCAAAGUAAUUUCACGGUCACGACAACAGUGACCUUCAACGUCAAUCAGAGUAAUGAUGUCUCUUCAUCGCAGCAAAAUACACCAUCGGAUCCAAAUUCAUCUCUACUAUCACCACAAAGUGGAACAUCAACAAAAUCAUUGUCCUCGAAUCUCUCAUCAAAAUCAGCAUUAUCACCAACAACACCUGUACUGUCUCCAACAUCAAAACUAGUCUGCUCAAAAGCACCGAGUAUCAUGUCACCGACAACACCCUCGGGGACCUGUAAAAUCAAACGUCGAAGAGAUCGUGAGGCAAGAAAAAAUUCUCAACACUAUCAGGAAUCAGAUAUUCUUGAAUCAUAUUACAGAAGUUCACCGGGAGAUAAAAUUUCCGACUAUGAGGACAUUUGGAAUACGACAGAUCAAUCGAAUCAUUCGACAUGGUGUCCUAAUGAAAGACUACCAACGGUAGCUCCUCGCGUUAUUAUUGUUGAUUCUCAACAAGUCGAUCGUCUCAAGAAUUCUAACGAUCGCUUAGUAACUCCUGAGAGAGUUGUUACAACUCCUGGGGAGAAAUCAAAUUGUAAUGAAAGACUAACAGCUAAUGAUCAGCUAGUACCACGAAAUGAAAGGCUUGUGAUUCGUAAUGAUAAAUCCGUGGGAAAUGAAAAGCUGAGUUAUAAAGAAGUUACUAGUCCCGAGUUCACUAGUUUCAAACCAAUUUUAGAAGCCAAGAGUCCAGACAGUGGAUCAUUGGAAGAAGCGGUAAUUGGAAAGAAACCAGAUCUUUUAUCGAGAGUUUGUAGUGCGAGUUCGUUAAAUAGUCCAAACUCAAUAACGCCUCCAAGAAAUAAAUUAGGUUUAAUUUUGGCAAAAUCUGAGAGCAAUAGUCCCCUGACACCAGAAUCAAAACAUGGAAGUCCAUUUUAUGCUGAACCAGCAGAUGCCAUUACUCAAAAUGCAAUUAUUGUACCUAGGAGGCGAGCAAAAAAUAAUCCUGCAACGAACAAAUUUCGCCACAGUGAACCUGGAUGGCUACAAACACCAUUGGGAAUUAAUGCGAAUCAACUUCAUCCAAUCGAUUGGGAGGAAAAUGAAGAAACAGAAGACAAAACGCCACUUAUAUCAUCCUCAGUGGAUAAUCUCGCAAAACGAUUAGGAUCAAGGGAAAUAAAAAAAUUGCCCACCGCAAAACCCGUUCAACCCCCGAAAAUUAAGACAAAACUUUUUACUGACACCUCUUGGACUGUGGAUUCCAGUUGGGAAUUUAUUGGAAACGAUGCCGAGGAACAUGAACCUGAUUACGAUUGUGAUGCGAAUUGCGGAGUUGAGAACGUGGCAGGAAAGUUCCCGGAUGAAGAAAGUGAUAAAUGUGUCGUUGGCAACACCUUAACUGUUCAGAGUAUCAUUCUUCAGCGGUACCCUGAAUUGAUGAAACCUCCGGAUACUACGGAAUCUGUUUACAGUGAUAGAAAUUCGUCUUAUGACAAUGUUGAGAGAAGAAAUGAAAGGAAUGGUACAAUCGAAUCGAAAAGGGAUCACAUUUACGAUCCUUCCGAAUGGGAAACAUUGUUGGAUACAGACGAGAGCGAUGUGGAAAGAAUCAAAAGAAAUAAAAGUUUCAAAGAGCGUUUGGAUCCCCUUUUAUCACCACCAAGAUUACAAUCGUUAAGAAAUCGAGAAGCUGGAGGAACAGGAUCGUCUAUAAGAACAUACGCCCUUCAACUGGCACUCGACAAAAGUACAACAUUCUCUCAAAAUAUUGAAAAUUUCAUUCAAUGCACCAAGGAGGGAAAAGAAGCAAGUCCUCAUGUGGUUAUGAGGAAUAUAAGACAAUUUAUGUCGGGAAUGAAAAAUUAUUUAGUGAAACAUGGUGAAAGAGAAUUUGAAAAGGAAGUCGAAAAAGAGAGACUCAAACUAAAAGCUAACGAAUUUCUCAAUUUGGAUGCCAUUCUGGAAGAAGUAAUGAUGAGUCUUGUUGUACGACCUCUUCGAGAGCAUGUCUAUCAAUUAUUUGUCGAUCAUUAUGCAGCGAAUGAAUCUCUUAACACUCUUGCUGAGAGUAUUCAAUUCGCCCAAGCAAAGCACAUUCAAGAUCUUGGAGUGAGGCCUAAGAUCAUUCCACCAUCGGAGGCAAACUUGGAACGAAUUCUAAAAUACAUUGAACGUCUGCAAAAAGUUGAUUCUCCUCUGGACAAAUUAGAAAAUCUUCUUUCGGCCAUUUCUGCAAUUUUUAACUCUGUAAAACAAUCGAAUUCUGGUAGACAUGUCACCUUGGGAGCAGACGAUCUGCUUCCACUUCUCGUUUGGGUUUUGGUUCAAGGAAGAGUAAUCGACGCUGAAAUUGAGGCCGAAUAUAUGUGGGGUCUUUUGCAUCCAUCUCUCCUUACCGGAGAAGGUGGAUACUAUUUAACAACUCUUUCUAGCGCUGUACACGUUCUAAAAACAUUCAAGUCUAGUCAGGGAACUAUGUCCACUUUAAAUGGUUGCGGAUCGCCAGACUGUUCAUCAGUUUUGCGAAUCCUCGUUCCAGACGAACUUCAUGGUUCUCUCAAUACAAAAACACUUCCUGUACGGCCAAAUAUGAGUACACGAGACGUAUGCCGCAUUCUCGCGCAUAAAAUAAGAUGUACAAAUCCCCAGGAUUAUGGCCUCUUUAAACUUGUUCAAGGAGAAGAAACUUUACUUGGCGAUCAAGAAUCACCUCAAGAACUGUCACAUUGUCUAUUUGCGUUUAAGCGAAUAGACGCAAAGAUCGCUUGGCCAAAAACCAAUUCAUAAACCAAUUUCAAACCGUUCUCAGUACUUUUUUUAUCAGCAUUAGCUCAGGGUUGCGGCAUUGGUACGAAAAAAAAAAUACAAUUACAUAUCCGAAAUUCGGAUUUCAACCUUCAAUGAUCACUAACUAUAUGCAGAAAAAUGAGUGUUUAAAAAAAAAUUUCGAUUUUUACUGUGAGUUCAUCAACCUACAUUAUAUUAAACUUAUAUUAACGUUUCAAUGCAAUCUUCCGGAAAUCAUUAAUAAUAUAUAGUUGACGUGAAUAGAUAUAUCGCAAACUACAAGGAAAUCUAUUUUAUCGAUAAGUAAUUGAUCUAACUAUUAAUAUCAAUACUUAGAAUGAAGAUAAUAUAUAAUAUUUCUCUACAUGAUAUCAUUACACAAGAGAUAAUAAUAUAAUAUUUCUCUUCAUGAUUACCUAUCGAUUUAAUAAAAUUAAAAAAAAUCCCUGAUACAAGCGAACAAAAAUCUUGUCUUUUUUUUUUUGUGUAAAACUUUUAUAAGUACGCGCGAUUAAUAUAAAAAUUUACAAAUCGAUCAAUUUCAAUGUCUCAAUUUUACGAUUAAAAUGAAAAUUGCAGUUUUUAAAAAUAUAUAAUAUAAAUAUUUUUAAUAUCUCUGUCGUCGGCAGUAAAAUUCAAAAACUACAUUUUAUACAAAAUAUUUAAUAUAAAAGUUAUUUGCUGAAACUAACAAUCAAGCAAACAUAAUUUUUCGACGAAAUAUUGUGUAAUGCUCUUAAGUUUAUUUGAUAAAAUGAAUUGAAAAAAAUACUUUCUCAUUUAUAAUGAGAAUUUAAAAAAUAUAUAUAUAUAUUAAUUUAAAAAGAUUAUAUCUUUAAAAAUAACGUUUAAAAAAAUGUAACAAGAUUUAUUUAAAAAAAAAAAACAUAUAGAGAGAAUAUCAAGUAUUUGAGAAAUCUGCUCACUCAAUCAGUAUUCUAAUUUGAUGAGAAAUUUAGAUAUAGGAAGUUUUGAACUUGAGAUAAUACAAUUAUACUCGUGUUCGAUAAACCCUAUACAAAUAUUUAGAAAUUUUUUUUUUGUGAGAAAAAUGUGAAUCAACGAUAUAAGAAAAGAAAAUGAAAUGGUCUUGAUAUUUAAGCUAACUUGAAUAGUCUCGAAAAUAUAAUGAUAAAAUUUUAGAAAUAUAGAAAAAUGAGGAAGAUUAGUUUAGGGAUUUAUUUUAAGUACUGUCUAUGGGGACGUGAUGAAACUGUAGGAAUUCGUGUAAGAAAUUUGUAUUUUACACGAAAGAAUCAUAUUUAGUGGAAGUUGUAUACAUUAAAAAAAAAAAAAAAAAAAAAAAAUACAAACUAAACAAUUUUAUAUGAAAAAGAAAACACCUCUUUAAAUUGGACCAGGCCAAGGCUGAUUUGGCCCCCCCCACAGAAGUAAUCUAAAAUAUAUUUUCAAUUUAGAGACUGCCGUUAAGCUCGUUGUAGAGAUGGUGAUUUUUAUUUCAUUGUUUCAAUUUACUUAAAAGAUUUAUAUAUAUGCAAAUCAGCCAUUUGUUUUAUACAUAUAUAUGUAAAUCGAGUCAACUCGAUGACGACUAAAUGUUUUUAAUGAGGAAUUAUUGGAUUAUAUUUAAUAAUUCUUUUGAAUGCUUGUAAAAAAAGAAAUAUGUAUUCUAAUUUUCAAUUGUAUAUUUUUUUGUAGCUAAUUUAUUAAAAGUUUUUUUUAUUGUUCAUUUUUACGUGAUAAUUUUCAUCGGAUUCCUCGAUAUAUGCUUUAUUUUCUCUUCAAUUAAUGCAAUUGAAAUGUUAUUGCUUCUAAUAUGCUAGUCAAGUCAAUCGAAUGUACUGUUAAGCGUAAGUUCGGCAAUAGUUUUAUAUGUUAAAACAUAUGUCGUUAAUUAUCAUUAGUAUCAUCAACAUUUUUAUCAUUAUUACUACAACAUGUAAUUCUAUGCUCAAUAAACAAUUUUCUAUAA